AUGCCAGUUUCAAUCCCCCUCCCAUCACUUCUGGCCUCAGCCACGGGUAUCGCAGGCUCGGUUUGGGCUUCAGGCUUCAUAGCCUCUCUAUCUCUUGCUGGCAUUCCAGCCGCUCUCCAACUUCCAGCACCCUCCAGCACAAUCGUAUGGCACGAACUCUUCAACCGCGGUUUCGCUCUCAUGCCCAAGUUUGCUGUAACAACAACCGCGGCCUAUUUCUACGCAGCAUACACAGCCCAAAAACAAGGCCAUGCCUGGAAAGGAUUGGUCGUCGGUGCAGUUUCGACGGUCUCUAUUAUUCCAUUCACAAUUCUCUUCAUGAAAUCGACAAACGAGCUCUUGUUCAAGGCGGCGGCCGGGACCUUGGAGGCUUCACAGGAGGAUGUGGCCAAAUUGAUCGGGAGAUGGGGAUUUUUGAAUCUGGUGCGAAGCUUGAUUCCACUAGCUGGAGCUGUUGCUGGCUUCUCAACAUUAUUUCAGUCUCUGUAA